AAUUAAGUUUAGAACACAUUUGACACUUUCUUUCGAAUGUUCACCACACAAUUUAUCCACCAACCUCUCUAUAUAAACACAGAGGAGAGAAGUCAGAAGAGUAGAGAAAAAAAGAAGAAGAGAGUUAUUCCUAAACCAGUCAUUCAAAAUGAUGAUGCGCAUUAUCUUCCUCUUAUCUCUUCUCUUUGCUCUAUCCAAUGCCUCUGUUCAAGACUUCUGUGUCGCAAACCUGAAACGUGCUGAGACCCCAGCAGGUUACCCUUGCAUUCGUCCCAUGCAUGUCAAAGCUAGUGACUUUGUCUUCUCAGGCUUAGGCACUCCUGGAAACACUACAAACAUCAUCAGUGCUGCUGUCACGCCCGGUUUCGUUGGCCAGUUCCCAGGUCUGAAUGGUCUAGGCCUCUCUACAGCUAGACUGGACCUAGCUCCUAAAGGUGUGAUCCCAAUGCACACUCACCCUGGUGCCUCUGAGGUUCUCUUCGUCCUUGACGGCUACAUCACUGCUGGGUUUAUCUCCUCUGCAAACGCUGUCUACGUGCAGACGCUCAAACCAGGACAGGUCAUGGUUUUCCCACAGGGCUUACUUCAUUUCCAAAUCAAUCAAGGAAAAGCCAAAGCUGCAGCCUUUGUCACAUUCAGCAGCGCUAAUCCGGGUCUCCAGAUUCUUAAUUCCGCACUCUUUGCUAACAAUCUUCCCACUGACCUCAUCGUGGGUACUACUUUCCUUGACGCAACUACAGUCAAGAAGCUAAAGGGUGUUCUUGGAGGAACUGGUUAAAAAAUAAAAUAAAAGACUUGGGACUCCCCUUGACUAAAACAACAACAAACACCUCUUUCUUCUUCUUCUUCUUCUUCUUCUUUUUAUCGUUGAUGGAUUCUUGUCAUCUCUGUUUUGUGUUCCUUGUAAUUCUUCAAAACCUGUCAAGAUUAUUACACUGUAUGUGAGUUUUUCAUUCAAG